AUGGUGUUGGCUAAAUCCAAGAACGCCGUGGGGCUGGGCAACAGCCUCAUGAAUGACCGCUUCGGCAAGGGCAAAGCCUCGAACCAGAAGAAAGCCUCGCACAACAAUGCCAUUGCGCGAAAGGGCAUGAAUGGUGAAACCUACAUUACAAAUGAGGCCCAAGAAGCAUCAUGGGUGAAGAUGCGCUCUAUCACUGAACAGGCUGCGCUUGACGAGUUCCUAAGCACUGCCGAGCUUGCAGGAACCGACUUCACUGCCGAAAAAAUGAACAACGUUAAGAUCAUCCAUUCCGACCAGAAGAACCCUUACCUUCUGUCCGCGUCCGAGGAAAAAACGGCUGUCAAGAAGCAUCAGAAGAACAAAGGUCGGUUGACCGUACCGCGACGACCCAAGUGGGACUCGAAUACUACGCCGCAACAACUCGAGAUGAUGGAGCGCGAGAGCCUGUUGGAUUGGCGACGUGGGUUGGCGGAACUGCAGGAAAACCACGACUUGUUGAUGACUCCAUUUGAACGCAACCUGGAAGUUUGGCGCCAGCUGUGGCGUGUCAUCGAACGGUCGGAUCUUGUGGUUCAGAUUGUUGACGCUCGCAACCCGCUCCAGUUUCGCUCGGAGGACUUGGAAAACUAUGUGAAGGAGAUUAGCCCACUCAAGAAGAACCUUCUGUUGGUCAACAAGGCCGACAUGUUGACUCUCCAGCAGAGAGAGGCCUGGGCUGAGUACUUUGAGAAGCACAAUAUCAACUUCCGUUUCUUCUCCGCCCAUCUGGCCAAGGAAAAGAUGGAGGCUGAAAUGCUGAAGGAGUCACAGGGCGAGAGCGAUGAUGAGGACCUCGUCACAUCAACAAAGAAGAUGAAUGUCGAGGACAAGAGCGAGGAUGAGGUGGAGUCAUCCGAGAACAAGGAAGACAGCCUCUCCAAGAUUGUCGACCCAGAUCAAUCGCUAGGCCCGCACAUUCUCGAUGUGGAGGAGCUGGAAGAGCUUUUCCUGGCCAACUCGCCCGAGACUCUCCCUCAGGCCCAAGACUCAGAGGAGAAGCCGAAACAGAAGACGACUAUCGGUCUGGUCGGUUACCCCAACGUGGGUAAGUCGAGCACUAUCAACGCCCUCCUGGGCGCAAAGAAGGUGUCCGUCUCUGCCACCCCCGGUAAGACCAAGCACUUCCAGACCCUCUAUCUCUCGCCUGAGAUCAUGCUCUGUGAUUGCCCUGGUCUGGUGUUCCCCAACUUUGCCACCACCAAGGCCGACCUGGUUGUCAACGGUGUGCUCCCGAUCGACCAGCAGCGAGAGUUCACGGGUCCCGCCGGCCUCGUUGCCAAGCGUAUUCCCCGUCAUUUCAUUGAGAACGUCUACGGUGUGAAGAUCAAGAUUCGUCCCAUUGAGGAGGGCGGCACGGGCAUUACCACUGCUAGUGAACUCCUCCGGGCCUACGCCCGUGCCCGUGGUUUCUCGACUCAAGGCCUGGGUCAACCUGACGAGUCUCGUGCUGCUCGGUACGUCCUGAAGGACUACGUGAACGGCAAGCUUCUCUUCUGCCACCCGCCACCAGUGCCCGAGGGUCAGGAGCCUAUUGACCCGCAGGAGUUCAACAAGGACCUCUACGACAUUGCCCACCUGCCCGCAAGGCGCCAGGCCCAGCUGGCCAAAAGCAUUGUGGACUUGGAUGCUGAAGAAGACUCCGAGGUUGCGUCAUUCGGCCCCAACAACGACGCUGCCGAGCCUGGUCAGCGGUCUCGCAACAUCGACAGCGGCUUCUUUGGCACUGCCACUGGCCCCUCGGCCGGACGUUUGAACAUGCCGUUCAACCACAAAUAUACCCAGCAGGGUGAGCAGAUGCGGAAGAAUUUGACCGGCCGCAAGGAGCGCAUGAUGAUCGCCCUGGAGCGCGGCGUUGACGUUUCUGAGGUGCGAAGCGCGGGUUCCAAGAAGCAUUUCAAGGGCAACAAGCGCCGGGAAAAGGCUAAGCGCAACAACGGCGAGGAUGUCGAAGAUUUCUACUAA